AAGAUGGUAUAGUGAAUACAGUGGGCAACGCAAAACAAUACCACAUCGCAGAGACACAGACACAGACACAGACGUCUCUUUAAAUUACUAACUAAGGUGACGUGCGCCAGCACUUGUCUUUUCGACACGCUAUUCUGGCCGUUCGAAUUCGCUUCUUCUUUCUGUUAUUUUUUUCCCCUUCUCCUCAUCUCCUCACCAUAUAUAAAGCAAAACCUUGGACUUGUCAUAUACUAUCGUGUACGCUUCCUAUUCCUUUCGUUGUGAAAUAUCGUUUCUCUCUCAAAGGUAACAAUGUCGGAAGCUAAGACCCAAAUUGAAUCCAUAAGGAAGUGGGUCGUCGAGCACAAGCUCCGUACUGUUGGGUGUCUAUGGCUCAGUGGUAUUACGGGUUCGAUCGCUUACAAUUGGUCUCGACCCAACAUGAAAACUAGUGUUAAGAUCAUUCACGCUAGGUUGCAUGCACAGGCUCUUACACUGGGAGCAUUAGCCGGAGCUGCACUAGUAGAAUAUUAUGAUCGUAAGACAGGAGCAAAGGCUUCGUAAGGAAUUUUGACAAUAAGUAGAACGCAACCAAAGUACCUUGAAUUCUUUAUACCGAGGGAUCCUAGUACACUACCUGAUAUGAUUAUAGCUAAAUUUGCAAUUGGACUUGUACUGUACUCUAUUCAUUCUUAAAAUAAAAUACUAAGAAAUGUUAACAUGCCUGUGGCAGAGUGAAUAUAUUUUUUUCCUUGUUGGAAUGGAUUACUUAUACUGCUAGUUGCUUCAUA